ACGAACUAAUCAGUCGGCUUUUGGGAAUCUAUUUAUUUGCCAAAAAUAGUCUUCCUGCCAGUAUCCGCUUGCCUAUAAACAUGUGGUCUGAUACGCUGCUAAUCGUCUUUAUCUCGAUUUUCACUGCACUAUUGGGCGAAGGUCUCACAUGGGUCCUGGUUUAUCGCACGGAAAAGUACCAGAAACUGAAGGGCGAAGUAGAAAAACAAAGCAAGAAAUUGGAGAAACGUAAAGAAACGCUUGGAGAGUCGUUGGACAAGAGCCACAAGAAGAAAAUUGAACGGGAUGAAGAAAAACUGAAGAACAACAACCGUGAUCUGUCGCUAGUCAAAAUGAAAUCGAUGUUUGCUAUCGGUUUUGCCUUCACCGCCCUGCUCAGCAUGUUCAAUAGCAUCUUCGACGGCCGAAUUGUGGCCCGUCUUCCGUUCCUGCCGAUUUCCUGGAUCCAGGGACUGAGCCACCGAAAUCUGCCCGGCGAUGACUACACGGAAUGCUCCUUUAUUUUCCUGUACAUCCUCUGCACGAUGUCGAUUCGACAGAACAUACAAAAAAUGCUUGGCUUUGCACCAUCGCGGGCUGCAAGCAAGCAAGCUGGAGGUCUCUUCGGACCCACUCCAGGACAAUUUAAGUAAGGCAGCCGCCCUCUGAAAAGCCUGUUUUUAGUGUAUAAGAUUUGCUCGCACUCCCAUGUUACAUCGCCGUGACGUCAGGAAAAGCGAUCGGGCCCGGCUUACUCGAUUACGAUAGAUACUCUUGUGCGAUACUGCUCUAGCUGCCGGUACACCUUGUUUGUCGUUAGAUGAGAUAAAGACCUGUAAUAAAUUGGUUCAAAAAUC